UUAUUGUGAUCUGUACAGCGAAGUUAUAUAGAGGAAGAUAGAAACCUGCAGUUGUGUUUUGGUUUCAGUAACUUCAGGGUGAAUUUAAUUAAAAAAAAUCAAAAGUAGUAUUAAAAGACUGUGUGUGUGAGUCACAGUUAAGGCCACGCGCACCAAUACAGUAAAGAGCAGCUGCGGACUUCAUCAAUCACACACACGAGAAGCCAGACAUUUGUGGGAAAGAAAGAAAGGGAAAAAACAGGUGAACUUCAGUCUGAUCUAGAGGAUCUGUUGCAGAAAUGGAAUCUGGAAAGAAGCUUUGUGGUGCACAACGCAGAAAAAUGAAAAGUGCUCGAGUAGGAGUGGCACACAUGUCUAAGGCAAUGUAUACAUUCCUUAAUCGGUAAGACUCUGUGUUAUAAGUUUGCAGUACAGCAGUAUUUUACAAAGUGCAGUACUGAACUCAUUUUUCUUUCUUUGCAGGUCUGUGAGUACAUGUCCACCAUCUGUUCCUGUGAAAAUCAGCAAUACGGAUGAACUGAAACUUCGCACUGGAGCUGCAGUGGACCCAAGUAUUGAGUGUGUGUCGAUGGACACAACCUCUUCUGGGGCAUCCAUGGAUCCUAUUACUGGAUCCCCUUUGCUGAACCAAAGUGAUGAUCCUGUGACUCCUGUGAUGCAGUCAGAUACUGAGAGUUCCCCUAGCACAGCUAGAGGGAUUGGAACCUCUGUUGACCAAAGUACUGGUGUUUCCAUAGCAGACCCUAAAAGUGGUGCUGGGACUGCCUUGGACAUGCGUGCACCAAGAGUUCAGCAGUUCUCAAGCUCCAAAAGCGUCUCAGUGGACCUAAGUAGGGUUACCAAUGCUGGUACUGGUGCUUCCUUAGUGGACAAACCUAUGCCAAGCACCAGUUGUGCACAGUCAGACCGUCCGCCCCUUGUUGAAGACAUAUGUGUUUACAAUAGGUCGCAUCUGACUGAUGCACAGAGGAAAGAAAUCCUCAGUUGUCAAUGGAGGCCUCCAGCAGGAUUUAGAUUUCCUACCCGGCUUAUGGGUCCAGAGGGUGCCAGUCAACGUUCAAGGCGUUUCAAUGCCCGCCUGUUGGAUGAAUAUCCGUUUGCACGGUAUUCAAAGAAGCUGGAUGGUGUGUUCUGUGGACCCUGCUUUGUAUUCACUAGUAAUACAGACUGCAUAUUGGUAUCUAGCCCUAUGAGGGAUUGGUCCAAUGGAAAGAAAAUUUUAGAGCGCCACAGCAGGUCAAAAAAUCAUGGUAAUGCUUCUGUCAGAGCAGAUGCAUUCCUUUCUGAAUGCUCAGGAAAACAAACUGUAAGUCAAGUGUUUGUCACACAAAAGACAAAAACAUCAUAUAAGAGUUUAUAUAUUCUGCGCUGUGUUAUAGACAUACUCGAAUAUUGUGCAAGGAGUAAUAUUCCUUUGCGUGGAAAAACAAAUGAUGAUGGCCACGUGAAAGGGCUCCUAAAUUUGUGCUUAAAGCAUGAUGCUGAGCUCCGUGACUGCUUUCAGUCUGUUGCUCGAAAUGCCAUGUAUACCUCUCCUCAAAUUCAAAAUGAAUUACUUGGUCUUAUGGCCCUGCAGAUACAGAGGCACAUACUUCGCAAUGUAAGAGCAGCCAGGUGGUUCUGCCUCCUUGCCGAUGGAAUAGAUACGUCCACAAAAGAGCAGAUAGCCUUGGCUGUUCGUUAUGUACACCAAGAUGAUGUGACUGGUGCUGUAGAAAUCAGGGAGGAUUUUGUGGAGUUUGUUGAAGCUAUUGUCUGUACAGGCAGAGGUCUUGGUGAGCUGUUCCUCAGGCGACUGGUAGCAUGGGGAGUCGAUGCACAGUGCAUGAGGGGCCAAGGCUAUAACAGAAGUGCAAACAUGAGUGACAAAUUCAGUGGAGCUCAAGCUCAUAUCCAGACCACUGUACCUGAUGCAGUUUAUACAGCUUGUAAGGCGCACGGGCUUAACACAGCAGUUCUGCAGUCAUGUUCCUUACAGGCAGUGCGCAAUAUGUUUGACUUUACAAAAAAAAUUGCUGUAAAGCUGAAACACUUUACUAAGCGCACUAGUUUGUUUGCAGUAGAGGUAAAAGGACUAGGUGCUCUUGCCUCAGAUUUUGAUGAAGAGCCAACUCAUAUGACCACCUUUCCAGCAGCAGAUAUCCAGUGGAGGAAUCAGACUGACUCUCUGGCACGUUUCAUUGAUCAGUAUGCAUUAAUAGCAAGAUCCUUAGAAAAGAUUGGACAGUUUGACAGUGAUUGUUGUGCUUUGCUAUGCGCCAUCAAGGAAUUCACUUUUAUUGUAGCACUGGUUUGCGUGGAGCAUGUGCUGGCACGGACCAAACCACUUCACCUCUACCUUCAGCGGGUAGAUAUUGAUCUUAUGCAGGCUGUUGAAGAGGCAUGCAAUAUAGUGCAAAUUCUGAGGGACAUGAGAGAACAAUCAGAAACUGUUUUUGCAGAGCUGUAUCCAAAGAUACUGGCAAUGGCGGGUAGUGUUUUAACUGUCGAAUGCAUUUGUAGUUUACAAAAUCAGAAAGAUGUUUCAACAGCAACACAGCAAGACUACUACAGGCUAAACGUUCUUGUUCCUUUUUUGGACCAUGUGGUAAGCGAAUUGCAGGAUCAACUUAUCAACUGUCGGGAGCGCUUUAUUGGUCAAUAUGUCAUCCCUACAAAGCUACCACUUCUGAAGGAAGAACAUGAGUUAGCUUUGUUUUCUGCUUUUAAAAAUGACUUGAGCAGUCUUGAUGAACUAAAGAUAGAGCUGUUGCGCUGGAGGACAAAAUGGGGUACUGCGCCAUUACAGUCUCAGCCAAACUCCAUUGUCGCAACACUGCAGAACGUGAAUAAGCAUCUCUACCCUUGCGUUCAUGCCAUCCUCUCUGUGCUGGCAACCAUGCCAGUAAGCAUUUCCAGUGUGGAACGUUCAUUUAGUGCCCUGCGGAGAAUGAAGUACUGGCUGAGGAUUGGCAUGGGCGACCAGCGUCUCUGUGCACUUGCUGUACUGCACAUACAUCAGGACAUUCCUCUGAGUGUUGAUCAGGUGCUUCGAGACUUUGAUCCUUGCAAGGACAGACGAUUUUCUGAUGUUCAUAUGGAUUAA